CGACAAGCCUCUCUAAUAACACAGUCAUGGCUCUCCAGGUGCUGCUGUGCGCAUGCGCGCUGUUGGGAGCAGCCAGCGCCGGCUACCUGGGCGCGCCCGCCGUCUCCUACUCGGCGGCGCCAGCGCUGCGGGGAUCGGCUCUGGGUCUGGGACUCGCAGGUGCUCCAGUUGGAGCUGCUGCUAGCACUGCUGCAGCUGCGGCAGCUGCAGCAGCUGCCGCUAGACUGGCUGCCGCCAGGCUUCCAGCUGCUGGUCUGCCGGCCUAUGCCGGAGUCGCUCCUGGCUACGCUGGUGUAGCUCCAGGCUACGCUGGAGUCGCCCCUGGCUACGCCGGUCUGGCCGCUGCACGCUACGCCGGUCUGGGCCGCCUGGCCGGUGGGCUGCCCGCCGAGCUGGCUGACCCGUACUACGACCCCAACCCGCAGUACAGCUUCAGCUACAGCGUCAGCGACGCUCUGACCGGCGACGCCAAGCAGCAGCAGGAGAGUCGCAGUGGCGACGUGGUGGAGGGCAGCUACAGCCUGGUCGAGCCCGACGGCAGCGUCCGCACUGUGGACUACACGGCCGCACCCGGUGUCGGGUUCAAUGCCGUGGUCUCCAAGAGUGCCGCUCCUCCUGGGUCGCCUGCCGCUGCCGCUGCAGCCACUGCGGCCGCCGCUGCCGCCGCCUCCGCUCGGGCUGCUCUUGCUGGUGCAGUACCAGGUGUUGGAGGCUACCCACUGUCCCCAGCAGCUGCUGCUGGAGUGUAUGGCGCGCCCCUCAAGACUGCACAUGCUGCUCUCGCCACACCACAUGCCAAGUUCCACUACUGAUUAUCCUACCGGCUAAAUCUCUCUGUAAAUACGAUUGACAAUCAUGUACAAUGAAAAUACCACAAAAAUGUGAAUAAAAUGUGUUUAUAGUGUUUUA